AUGUGGGUUUGUUCCACCUUGAAACGCCAGCACUUAGACCCUCGAAGUGGCCCUGUGGACUUUGCUUGCCGGUGUCGCCGCGGUCACCGGCCCUGGGCAGCGCAUGCGCAGUGCGGCGUGAGGCUGCCCGGGACUCCCAACAUUGACCGGCUGGCCCGAGGGGGCGUGAAGCUCACCCAACACUUGGCUGCAUCGCCCCUGUGCACGCCGAGUCGGGCAGCCUUCAUGACUGGCCGGUACCCCGUCCGAUCAGGAAUGGCGUCCCGGUCCCGAAUUGGGGUGUUCAUCUUCACCGCCUCCUCUGGAGGGCUGCCCACCAGCGAGCUCACGUUCGCCAGGCUGUUGAAGAACCAGGGCUAUGCGACAGCUCUGAUCGGCAAGUGGCACCUGGGGAUGAGCUGUGCCAGCAAAGCGGACUUCUGCCACCACCCACUGAGCCACGGUUUCGAUCACUUCUACGGGCUGCCCACCAGCAACAUGCGUGACUGCAAGCCGGGGGCGGGGACGGUGUUCACCACGGGCAUCCGGCUGCUGGCCUUCAUCCCCCUGCAGGUCAUCGGCGUGGGCCCCAGUGGAGAUUUAGCAUCCUCUGAACACAAGGCCAGCGUUGGGGACUGUUUUGUGGCCUUCUCAGAAUGGAACGCCGAGUCACCCUUCCUGCUUGUCCUGUCCUACCUGCACGUGCACACGGCCCUCUUCUCCUCCAAGAACUUCACCGGCAAGAGUCAGCAUGGGGCCUACGGGGACGCCACUGAGGAGAUGGACUGGAGCCUGGGCAAGGUCUUGGAUGUUCUGGAUGAGAUGAAUCUGGCCAAUAACACCCUCGUGUACUUUUCAUCGGACCACGGAGCGCACGUGGAGGAAAUAUCCACCAAAGGAGAGAUUCAUGGAGGGAGCAAUGGCAUCUACAAAGGAGGAAAAGCAAACAACUGGGAGGGUGGUAUCCGGGUCCCAGGCAUCCUCCGGUGGCCGGGCAUCAUACAGGCCGGGCAGGAGAUCGACGAGCCAACGAGCAACAUGGACGUCUUCCCCACAGUGGUCAAGCUUGCUGGCUCACCACUGCCUGAGGACAGGAUCAUCGAUGGACGAGACCUGAUGCCACUGCUCCAAGGGAAAAGCCAACGGUCGGAUCACGAGUUCCUUUUCCAUUACUGCAACUCCUACCUAAAUGCCGUGCGCUGGCACCCACGAAAUAGCACAGCCAUCUGGAAGGUGUUCUUCUUCACACCCAAGUUCACCCCGGAGGGCUCCAAUGGAUGCUUCUCCACACACGUGUGCUUCUGCCACGGGGACUUCAUCACCCGUCACCACCCGCCUUUACUCUUUGACAUUGCCAGAGACCCUCGCGAGAGGAGCCCGCUUACUCCCGAGAGCGAGCCUCAAAUUUAA